ACUGGUUACAUGUUCGGUAAAGGUGUUUACUUUGCGGACAUGGUGUCCAAGAGUGCAAACUACUGUCACACCUCCCAGUCGGACCCUGUUGGCCUCAUACUGCUGGCAGAAGUCGCUCUGGGCAACAUGCAUGAAUUGAAGAAGGCCUCCCACAUUACAAAGUUACCAAAAGGCAAACACAGUGUUAAAGGUUUGGGUCGAACCGCUCCUGACCCAAAUGCUACCACCAGUUUGAACGGGGUGCAAGUGCCUCUGGGGAAAGGAGUCCACACGAACAUCGACGACACAAGUCUACUGUACAACGAGUACAUCGUAUAUGACGUGGCACAGAUAAACCUGAAGUAUCUCUUGAAGAUCAAGUUUAAUUACCAGACAUCCUUGUGGUGAAAACUYGUUUAAAGAAAGGAAAAAGACCACCGCUGCAAAUGCCUGGGCUUCGUUCUCCACAACACCGCAACGUCACUGUAACGUUACUGUAACGAUUAUUUGAAGUCAUCGGUCACUUUACGACUUCUUCAUCAAGCUAGKAUUACUUCAGGUGUGUAAAGAUGCUCAAAGCACUGGAAAAUAGCUUAAUAGUAGCUGAAGCAUAGGAUAUUAAGAAGUACUGGGAAAAUCUGGUGAUGAAGCUCAACUAUCCAGUGUGUUGUGUUUAAAAAAGACUUCAUUGUUGUCUAAUAAACCUUUAGUUCAGUGCUGUUCAAUYCUGGUCCUGAAGGUUCACYAUCCUGCAUGUUUUAGAGGUUUCUCAGCUGCAACACCUGAUUUCAAUAAAUAGGUGAUUAACAGCCCUGAAGAGGCAACUUGGGUGUCUUGGAGCAGAGAAACGUUAAAAAUGUAGAAUAGUGACCCUCGAGUACCAGAAUUAGACAUCUCAGCUUUAGUUGAUUCGUUGAGUAUUACUUUACAACCAGCUMAUCUGAGCUAAAUUAGUUUUCUGACGUUCAACUUCCCGUGUUCAGAUUUUUUAAGGGUUUCUCCUUGAAGUAGGCAAGGUGUUUUGAAGAUCCUGUAAAAGAGUUGACAUGUAUAUAUUUUUGUUGUGUCAAGCUGUGUUCCUUGCUGAAGUUUAAAAAUAAAACUGUUCAUCCAAAGGUCUUUUGCAAAAAUGGCAAUAGUGAUUUUUUUUCUUAGUCUUCCUCUUGUUACCUAAAUCAAAAAUAAAUAACUUCCUGUAAUUUUU